GCGAGUGAGAGUACCCCUGCCAUCCCGUUGAUGAUGACGAGCAUGGGGACGACAUUCGCCCCGAUCACCACGGUAAGAUCUAUUGGGAUGAUCCCGAUCAUGUCAACCCCUACUCCUACGCCAGCGACGACGAUGUUCCCCGGCCCAAUAACAACGCCUGGGGGAGCUUUCACGCCAUACCCAUCAACCUGGGCUCAAUUUGCUGCUGACCCGGCAAAUGCUCAGGCUCUACAGGGCUAUCAACAGGUGAUGGCCAUGAUGCAACAGGUAGGGGGCUUCAUGCCAUUUGCCUAUCAUGGCAUGACGCCACCAAUUAUGCCACCUCCGGUGUCGAUUCCAUCAACACUCGUUCCAAGGAUGGUCCCUGUACGCCCGGUGAAUUUGACAGGGAUCAUGAACGAGGUAGCGCCCUCAAAUGUCCAUGGGGUUGAUGAGGCAGAGCAGGAGGUAGCCCGCAGGAGGAAGGGUAAGGCUAUAGCCAAACCCAGCAAGACCCGAGAUUCGGCAUUCAAACGCCUAGGGGAUAAAGAGGAUGGACCCCGCAAGUCUGUCAAGCUACGUCUUGGUCCUGAGAUGGGCCGGACUAGCGCAAUGGAAAGACUUGGCGGGAGUCGUCCCGCCCCAUCUCGUCGUUUUAGGGAAUCUGAGACGAUUCACCUAGAUGAAGAGGAAGCCGAAAGUCAGCCCAGGGCAUCGGCGUACACCAGGCUCUCAUAUGAUGAGGAUGAUCUGGACAAGAUAGGGAGCGUAGCACGAAAGCUACGUGCCCUGGAGGAAAGAGUAGAAGAGAAAGAGGGAACUAAGAAGCAUACCCUGGUCAAAUCACCCUUUUCGGCCAGGGUACAUGCCCAAAAAUUGAGACGGAAGGUCAAGCUGGACGUGGAGAAAUUCACUGGAAAGGAGGAUCCAAAUGUCCACCUUGACACCUUCCACAAUGCAGCACAGAUGGCCGGGUGCAUGCACUGAUGCUGAGGAAUGCUUGCUCUUCUUUUCAUCCUUGAGAGGGAGACCAGUGGAAUGGUUUAACGGCAUUCCCCAUUGUUAGAAUAAUAGACCAACGCUAGAGGGGGGGUGAAUAGCGUUUGAUCAAAAAUCGCAGGAAUAAAAAAUGAAUAAACGAGAAGUAAAGAG